AUGCAUAUCUUCAAAUCAUCAACAACUACAACAACCACCCAAUUGAUUCUACUUGCAUCCUUGUUAACUGCACUUCCAUUUCCAUUUGAAGCUUCUCCAAUCCACGCCUGCACAGACACCUCUUAUUACAAACCAAAUUCAAUUUUCCAAACCGCUCUAAAAACUCUUCUCUCUUCCCUCAUCUCAAACUCCACCCUCCACAACGGUUUCUACACCGUCCACAUCCCUCUCUUCAAUUCCCCCAACGACUUAAAAGGACUCUUCCUCUGCCGCGCAGACAUCACUCCCUCUAUCUGUCAACGCUGUGUAACUGCAGCAGCUAAUAACAUCACGAAUUUGUGUAACAACCAGACCGAGUCUAUCAUCUGGUACGACGAAUGUUUGUUGCGUUACUCCAAUAAUUCCUUCUUGAAUCAAAUGGUUCCUGCAACGGACAUGGAAUCUGAUGAGAGUGUUCCUCAUACACAAGUUUCCCAGUUCAGUGAUUUCCUUGCUAAUCUUUUGAAGGAUUUAGCAUAUGAAGCUGUGAAUUCUCCUUCGGGUCAGAAAUUUUCUACAAAAGAAGAAAAUUUCUUGGGUUCUAUGAAGGUAUAUUCUUUGGCGCAGUGUACACCUGAUUUGUCUGUUUUUGACUGUAACACAUGUUUGCAAGGUGCUAUUAGUUCUAUCGGAAAUUGUUGUGAUGGGAAAAGAGGUGCAAGAUCACUUCUUCCGAGUUGUAAUAUUCGAUAUGAAUUUUACUCUUUUUACAAUGUUUCUGCUGUCUCUACUCGGCCACAACUUCCUCUUCCUUCUUCAGGAAAGAGCAAUGUCGCUAUGAUUAUUGGGAUUGUUGUCGCAAUUGUUGUUGCUGUGGCACUUUUGAUUAUUGGCUGCUAUUUCCUGCGUAAGAGGGCAAGGAGGAAGUAUAAGUAUAAUAGUACAUUCAUCCAGGGUUCAUCUUCAAUUCGGAGGGAGGAUCUUACUGAUAUAGAGUGUUUGCAAUUUGACUUUGCCACAAUUGAAGCUGCCACAAAUGGUUUCUCGGACGAGAACAAGAUUGGCCAAGGUGGAUUUGGUGUGGUUUAUAAGGGUAUUCUUUCCGACGGACAUGAGAUAGCGGUGAAGAGAUUGUCUGUAACCUCCUUGCAGGGUGCAAUUGAGUUCAAAAAUGAAGCUUCUCUAGUGGCAAAACUUCAACAUAGAAAUUUAGUGAGAAUGUUUGGAUUUUGUUUGGAGGGGAGGGAGAAGAUUCUUGUCUAUGAAUACAUACCAAAUAAGAGCCUUGAUCACUUUCUAUUCGAUCCUGCUAAGCAAAGGGAGUUAGAUUGGUCAAAACGCUACAAAAUUAUAGUUGGCAUCGCUCGAGGGAUUCUUUAUCUCCACGAAGACUCCCAGCUUAGAAUUAUUCAUCGUGAUCUCAAAGCAAGCAAUGUUCUAUUAGAUGAAAAUAUGAAUCCAAAGAUUUCGGAUUUUGGGAUGGCAAGAAUUUUUCAAGGAGAUCAAACUCAAGUAAAUACAGGACGAAUAGUGGGGACUUACGGUUACAUGUCUCCAGAAUACGCAAUGCGUGGACAAUUUUCUGUGAAGUCAGAUGUGUUCAGUUUCGGUGUCUUAGUUUUGGAAAUUGUAAGCGGCAAGAAGAAUACCGAUUCAAAUCAAUGGAAUGAUGCUGAUGACGACCUCUUAAGCUAUGCUUGGAAAAAAUGGUCAGAGCAAACACCAUUGGAGUUACUCGAUCCAACCCUGCGCGAUUCUUAUUCAAGAAAUGAAGUUAUGAGAUGCAUCCAUAUCGGUUUAUUGUGUAUUCAGGAAAGUCCACAUGACAGACCUUCCAUGGAAACUGUUGCGCUAAUGCUCAACAGUUAUUCAGUUACACUGUCUUUACCUCGACAGCCACCGUCUUUCCUUCGUGGAAGAUCACCCGGAUUUAAUUCUGGUCAGUCUACCACUGGAUCAAUUCCAUGGUCUGUAAAUGAUGUAUCCAUUACUGAAGUUCAUCCUCGAUAA